CUUUCGACGGCGACACCUUCCUUCUUCACAUCUUCCUUUCAGAUCGCGUUGAGGUUCUUGUUGCUACACAUUAAGAUCUAAAGAAGAAGAUGACGUCACGUUUUUUCGCUCAGGGUAGUAGUGAUAGCGAAGACGCGAGUGAUAUCGAUGACAUCCCGGAGGUUCAGAACGACAACAGCAUCGAUAAACGUUACCUCGAAAGCGGCAGUGACGACGAUGACGAUAUUGAUACCAAGCGUGUCGUCAAGCCGGCCAAGGACAAGCGUUUCGAGGAGAUGACACACACCGUUGAGCAGAUGAAGAACGCUAUGAAGAUCAAUGAUUGGGUCAGCCUUCAAGAGAAUUUCGAUAAGCUCAACAAACAGCUUGAGAAAGUUAUGAGGAUCACCGAGGCGGUGAAGGCUCCUGUUUUGUAUAUCAAGACUCUUGUCUUGCUUGAGGAUUUCUUGAAUGAGGCUUUGGCUAAUAAGGAGGCUAAGAAGAAGAUGAGCCCUAGCAAUGCCAAGGCGUUGAACUCGAUGAAACAGAGGUUGAAGAAGAAUAAUAAGAUGUAUGAAGAGGAUAUUGUUAAGUAUAGGGAGGCUCCGGAAGUUGAGGAUGAGAAUGAAGGAAAAGCUGAGGAAGAGGAGUCUGAGGUGUCUGAGUUUGAGGAUGAUGUUUCCAUAGAUGAUGUGAUUGUACCGGAUGUGGAAGAGCCUGCUGAUAAUCCCUGGGAGAAGACGAAAAACAAGGGAGAAAGGGAAAUGGAGAAGCUGCUUAAUAAAGAUCCUAAAGAGAUCACUUGGGAGUGGGUCAACCAGAAGUUUAAGGAGAUUGUUGCUGCUCGUGGGAAGAAGGGGACUGCUCGAUUUGAGCUUGUUGAUCAGCUUACACACUUGACAAAGAUUGCCAAGACUCCUGCGCAGAAGCUUGAGAUCUUGUUUAGCGUUAUCUCAGCACAGUUUGAUGUGAAUCCAGGUCUCAGCGGACACAUGCCUAUCAAAGUCUGGAAGAAGUGCGUGCUGAACAUGCUCACCAUACUGGACAUUCUUGUCAAGUACAAUAACAUUGUUGUGGACGACACGAUUGAACCUGAUGAGAAUGAAUCUUCAAAGCCAGCAGAUUAUGAUGGGAAAAUUCGGGUCUGGGGUAACUUGGUUGCGUUCAUAGAGAGGAUCGACACUGAGUUUUUCAAGAGUUUGCAGUCCAUUGAUCCUCACACCCGUGAGUAUGUUGAGAGAUUGAGGGAUGAGCCCAUGUUCUUGGCUCUUGCUCAGAACAUCCAGGACUACUUUGAGCGGAUGGGUGAUUACAAAUCUGCUGCAAAGGUAGCCUUGAGACGAGUUGAGUCAAUAUAUUACAAGCCCCAAGAAGUUUAUGAGGCUAUGAGGAAAUUGGCUGAGUUGGAUGAUGAAGAUGAGGAGGCGGAAGAGGAAAAUGGACCUCCUUCUUCCUUCAUUGUUGUUCCAGAGGUUGUCCCUCGUAAGCCUACCUUCCCUGAGAGUGGCCGAGCAAUGAUGGAUCUUCUUGUGUCCCUUAUCUACAGAAAUGGAGAUGAGCGGACCAAAGCCCGUGCAAUGCUAUGUGAUAUCUAUCACCAUGCUUUGAUGGACAACUUUGGGACUGCUAGGGACUUGUUGCUAAUGAGUCAUCUCCAAGACAACAUUCAGCAUAUGGACAUCUCAACACAGAUUCUCUUUAACAGGACCAUGGCGCAGCUCGGUCUUUGUGCCUUCCGGGUUGGAAUGAUCACUGAAUCCCAUAGCUGCCUCGCUGAGCUUUACUCUGGUCAAAGAGUGAGGGAGUUGCUUGCUCAAGGUGUCUCGCAAAGUCGAUAUCAUGAGAAGACACCCGAACAGGAAAGGAUGGAGAGGAGAAGACAAAUGCCAUACCACAUGCACUUGAACCUCGAGCUCCUGGAGGCUGUUCAUCUCAUCGGUGCCAUGCUGCUUGAAGUCCCAAACAUGGCAGCAAACUCGCUUGAAGCCAGACGCAGAGUGAUUAGCAAGAAUUUCCGUCGUCUGCUUGAGAUCAGUGAGAGGCAAGCGUUCAAUGCACCACCUGAGAAUGUACGUGACCACGUCAUGGCAGCCACCAGAGCCCUUACCAAAGGAGAUUUCCAGACGGCGUUUGAAGUGUUGAACUCUCUUGAUGUCUGGAGACUGCUCAAGAACAGGGACAGCAUCCUCGAAAUGGUGAAAGCUAGGAUCAAAGAAGAGGCCUUAAGGACUUACCUGUUCACAUACUCGAGCUCCUAUGAGUCUCUAAGCCUUGAACAGCUGGCUAAGAUGUUUGAUCUCUCUGAAGCACUGGUUCACAGCACUGUGAGCAAGAUGAUGAUCAAUGAAGAGCUUCAUGCAAGCUGGGACCAGCCAACACGAUGCAUUGUCUUCCACGAAGUGCAACACAGCAGAUUACAGUCACUGGCUUUUCAGUUGACUGAGAAACUCUCGGUUUUGGCAGAGAGUAAUGAAAGGGCAAUGGAAGCUAGAACCGGUGGAGGUGGUCUUGAUCUGAGUUCGAGGAGAAGGGACAACAACCAGGACUACGCAGGAGCAGCAUCUGGUGGUGGGAGAUGGCAGGACAAUAACAACAUGAACUAUGGACAAGGAAGGCAAGGUAACAGAUCUGGUUAUGGAGGAAGAUCAUCUGGACAGAAUGGUCAGCCUAGAGACUGGUCGGGACAGAACCGAGGUGGAGGAGGAGGAUAUGCUGGAAGAGCUGGCUCAGGAAACAGAGGUGGUAUGCAAAUGGAUGGCUCAAGUCGCAUGGUGAAUCUUAACAGAGGUGGUCGCCCUUAGAAGAAGAAAUCUGCAGGCAGUGUUUUGACCGUAAGCUCGUUUAAAACCUUUCUUUACAUUUUCUUUGUUCAUCGAUUGAAACUUUGAACCGUUUUUCUUUUCAGUACGUUGCUUCAGAACUUAGAAAUACUUGAUAUCUCUGCAAAUGGUUAAAGCUAAUGUAGAGAUGAACCUUUUCUUUUCAAAGCCCACUUUAUUUCCUUUUUUAAUCUUAGUUUAAGAGUAACAAAGAUGCAUUGUUUCAAGAACAGCAUCGUCAUAACAUAUGGAUACUUAAUAUUCAGUGAAGUACGAUUUCAAC